AGAGAAAGACGGCAGAAGUUCAGAGCGCGCCGCUCCGGAUCUAUUCUGGAGGUUUCGCUGUUCUAAUCACACACGCGUUCGUUCUGAGAGGAUCCGUCGGAGAAUUCUGCUAUGAACCGGGUGCGACAGAAAGCGUGACUGAUCAUUGAUGAGCGAUUGAAUGAUUGAAACAUUUGUCCACCUGCAGCUGGAGACGCCGGUGCGCUGAGCGCGUCUUGUGGGUUUUGCGCUUUUACGCAUCGGCUGGAUUUGCGCACAGGAGGGAUGUUGAAGACACCUGUCGUGAUUUUCACUUCUUUAUCGCUUCUAUUGUCGCUGUCAUGUGCUGGAGAUGUAAAAUCGCGCAGCUGCAGCGAUGUGCGCCUGGCGUUCACGACCAAAGGUUUCAGUCUCCAUAAUGUGCCACAUCAGGAGAUAUCAGGUGAACAUCUGCGGGUUUGUUCCCAAGACUACACCUGCUGCACUUCAGAAAUGGAGGACAGGCUCAGCCAGCAGAGUAAACUGGAUUUUGAGAAAUUAGUGGAUGAGAACAGCCACACCAUACGGACGAUAUUUACCUCCAGACAUAAAAAGUUUGACGAAUUCUUUCUGGAGUUGCUGGACAACUCAGAAAAGUCGCUGAACGACAUGUUUGUGCGCACAUACGAAUUCUUUCUGGAGUUGCUGGACAACUCAGAAAAGUCGCUGAACGACAUGUUUGUGCGCACAUACGGCAAACUGUACACGCACAACUCGGAGAUGUUUGAGGACCUGUUCUCCGAGCUCAAGCGUUACUACACCGGCGGAAACGUCAACUUGGAGGAAGUGCUGAAUGACUUCUGGUCGAGACUUCUGGAGCGCAUGUUUCAGCUGCUGAACUCUCAGUACACCUUCACUGAUGACUAUCUGGAGUGUAUCAGCAAAUACACCGACCAGUUAAAGCCCUUUGGAGAUGUUCCACGCAAGCUCAAGGCUCAGGUCACCAAGGCCUUCAUUGCGGCACGCUCAUUUGUUCAAGGACUCAUGGUGGGUCGGGAAGUGGCCAACAGAGUGGCAAAGGUCAAUAUAUCUCCAGGCUGCAGUAAAGCAUUGACCAAAAUGCUGUACUGUCCGUACUGUGGAGGACUGCCAAGCCUCAAACCCUGUGCCAACUACUGCCAAAAUGUCAUGCGGGGCUGCCUGGCCAACCAAGCGGACCUGGACCCGGAGUGGAACCUCUUCAUCGAUGCCAUGCUGCUGGUGGCUGACAGACUGGAAGGGCCCUUCAACAUCGAGACCGUCAUGGAGCCGAUAGAUGUAAAGAUCUCAGAGGCCAUCAUGACCAUGCAGGACAACAGCAUGCAAGUUUCAUCCAAGAAAUGGCCCUUCAACAUCGAGACCGUCAUGGAGCCGAUAGAUGUAAAGAUCUCAGAGGCCAUCAUGACCAUGCAGGACAACAGCAUGCAAGUUUCAUCCAAGGUAUUUCAGGGAUGUGGGCAUCCCAAACCAGCUGGAGUUGGCCGAUCUGCCCGCGGGAUCUCUGAUGUGUUCAACAGUCGCUUCAGACCCUACAGCCCAGAAGAGAGGCCCACCACGGCAGCUGGCACCAGCCUGGACAGACUGAGGAUUGUCUGGAGGACGAUGCAACACAGCGUGAUCGACAUUAAGGAGAAGCUGAAGGAGUCGAAGAAAUUCUGGUCGUCGCUGCCAGACAGCAUGUGUGCAGAGGAUGAAAUGACUGACCCAGAUGAGGAGCAGUGCUGGAACAGUCACACAAAGGGAAGAUAUUUCCCUGAAGUUGUUAAAGAUGGCCUUACGAACCAGCUCAAUAACCCAGAGGUGGAAGUGGACAUCACUAGACCAGACACCUUUAUCAGACAGCAGAUCAUGACCCUGCGAGUGAUGACCAACAAGCUGCGAAACGCCUACAAUGGCAAAGACGUCUACUUCCAAGACUCCAGUAAGCCACUUCAGUAUAGAUAA